CCUUUUGAGCGCCACAUAUAAGCAUACACUCCUCCGCCACCACCGGCUCUGUAUUAUCGGCGUUCCUAGAGAGACGAAGGAACAUAUAGAGACAUAAAAUGUCGGAAAAGAAGGGAAGGAAAGAGGAGGUGGUGACCAGAGAGUACACCAUCAACCUUCACAGACGCCUUCAUAGCUGUACCUUCAAGAAGAAGGCUCCAAAUGCGAUCAAGGAGAUUAGGAAGUUUGCCGAGAAGGCAAUGGGUACUAAGGAUGUGAGAGUAGAUGUCAAAUUGAACAAGCAGAUUUGGAGCAAAGGUAUCAGAGGUCCUCCUAGAAGGAUCAGAGUCCGAGUUGCCCGUAAGAGAAACGAUGACGAAGAUGCAAAGGAAGAGUUCUUCUCUCUCGUCACUGUCGCUGAAAUUCCUGCUGAAGGACUCUCUGGCCUUGGCACUAAGGUCAUUGACGAAGAGGAUUGAACAAUUUUGUAAAACCUACCUAUCAGAUUUUUUAAAUUUUGUUUUCCGAAUCAGUUAUUGAAGAGAACUUUUUCUACAUCUUGAAUCCUUAUCCAGCAAGACAUAAUCUUACUCUUGUGUCCGGAUUUCAAUU